CUGGCUUUUAACGUAAACUUUUCUCAAUUGUUCAGAACACCCCAUUCUUGGGAUCCUUAAGCAAACACCUCUACAGGCUUCAUGACAGAAAGGUUCUGCUGCAUGGUAAUGAGGAUCAACAUUGACUGCAACGGCUGUUACAGAAGAGUAAGAAGAGCUCUUCUUGAAAUCCAAGAGCUGGAUACACAUUUGAUAGAGAUGAAGCAGUGCAAGGUGAGCGUUUGUGGGAGGUUUAAACCCCAAGAAAUAGCCAUUAAAAUAAGGAAGAAGACCAAUCGGAGAGUUGAGGUUUUGGAAAUACAAGAAUUCAGCAGCAACAAUGAACAGAUCAUUCAGGAGGAGAAGCCAUUGAUGAUCACUUCUUGGAACCUCGAAUCCAAUCAAAACCAGCUCGCAGCAUGCAGAUGACUGUUGUUUAUCUGUAUAGGAAGUAAAUUUCAUGAUUCCCUAGCUAGCUGCUGAUGAAGUGAGAGUACAAAGAUAUGCAACAAUCUGGUGAGUUAAAUCAAUCAAAAUUUGACUUGGUUGUAUUGUUUUUGUAAUAAAGGACUAAAUUGAUUCAUUUAACAAUAUAAUGAUGGGUUCAAAUUGAUUCCUUUUCAAGGAU